CAUGAUGACGGCUUCCCGGGGAAGCUCACGACUUCAUAGGUCACGGAGACGUGUGUUAUCUUCAGACAGGUAUCUGGGUUAACCCACACAUUCCCUAUCCACGACCGUCUCUGUUAUCUCCAGUCGACGUGGCGACCUGGCCUUGGAAGCCCAAUAAUCCACCAACACACAACACGAGGGACUAACCCAGUAAGUUUCGUGAGACGAGCAUGCGGCGGUGAUGGUGAUAGUGAUGAUUAUCAUAUUCCACUGAUGCCCUGAUCAGAUGCGGACGCAGACGACAUUAGUCAGAUUUUGCCGAUUCAGCCACUGAACUGAUUAUUCCAAAAAAAGACGUCAUUUCACGUGUUUGUGGUGUCACAAAUUGACGACCUUGUGAUUAAGUACCGUGAGAUAUUGUUCAGUAUUUUCUAAUUUUCCAAAAUGGCGUUACGGCUCUCCGGUUUGGCGCAGGUUCAGUUGUGGAUUGGUAUCACCAUCGGACUUGUUGUCGCCUUUCUGGUCACCAGCAUCAGCCGAGUAGCUCCAGUCACCAGCUUCGGGUUCAGUGCCGACCAUCUGAACCCCAGACACAUUGAACAAUCCGUUAACACAAUGCAUGCCACGUCGGUGGAUGGAGCGGCCGGUGCCCCGGUAUCAAGUCCAAAGGGAGAGAAUCUUCAUGAAGAGUUUGAGAAACACGUGGAACAACAUAAGGCCGGGAACGUCAAAUUUGAAGAUAAACACGUCCAUCAUGAUGAUGACGCACUCGCCAAGUCCCUAUUUGAGAAGGAGCGCGUGUUGUGCUGGAUAAUGACGUCACCACAGAACCUUGAGACGAAGGCACGUGUCGUACGUGAUACGUGGGCUAAGCGUUGCAACAAGGUUAUUUUCAUCAGCUCUACAACAGAUCCCAAGUUUCCAACAGUUGGCUUGAAUGUCGCUGAAGGUCGAGAACAUUUGACAGCCAAAACCAUGCAAGCCUUUCGGAUUAUCUACGAGAAACAUAUAAACGAAGCUGAUUGGUUCAUGAAGGCUGACGAUGAUACCUAUGUUAUUUUAGAGAACCUCCGGUACUUCUUAACGUCACAGAAGAAGACGGAACCUGUAUAUUUUGGCCACCAUUUUAAGACAAUCGUGAAACAAGGGUACUACAGCGGCGGAGGGGGGUAUGUGCUGAGUAGGGAGGCGUUGAAAAGAUAUGGGGAGAAAGGUCAUGACCCCAGCAUAUGUCGACAAGAUGGCGGCGCGGAGGACGCAGAGUUCGGCAAAUGUAUGGAGAAAUUGGGGGUGAGGACAGUCAACUCUACAGAUGCCCUGGGGAGGAGCAGGUUCCACUGUUUUGACCCCGAGACACACCUGUUUGGUGGCUACCCAGAUUGGUAUUACAAAUACGAUGCUAACGGUGCCCAGAAGGGCACAGAGAGCAUCUCCGACUACGCCAUAACCUUCCACUACGUGCCCCCACAGAAGAUGUACGCCCUGGAGUUUUACAUCUAUCACUUACGACCGUAUGGCAUUGUGUCCGGAACCCAGGAACUCAACAGACAAGCGGAUGUGAAACCCGGAACUCAGGAGGUCAACAUACAUGCGUAGUGGCACCCGGAACUCAAGAGUUCACCAGACAUGCGUAGUGACAUGAGAUAUUUACUGUGUUCUGUGGAAUAGGUCGAAAGCAAUCACACUGUUCGUUGUACCCGGCAUUAUCAUCUACAGCAAUUUGGUUCAUGGAUGUUCGAUCAUGGUACAAGUCUGUAAUUGCUAGCUUCAACAUACACAUAGGUUGUGCAAGUGUGAAAGACAAUAGACUGAGUACAGCUUACAUGAAGGAGUUUGCUCAACAACCAAAGCAAUAAAACUAGUCACAUGUCGGAAACUAUUGGACAUUAAGUACACCAUAACGUUCUGUGAGAUCUGGCUUUGAUUGGCAUGAGGCGACUAACGGGAUCGGGUGGUCUUGGUUGAUGCAUAUCAUCACAUCCAAUUGCGUGGAUCGAUGCUCAUGAUGGCAAUAACUGGAUUGUCUGGUCCAGACACGAUUAUUAUAUAACUGGAAUAUUACUGAGUGUCGUGUUAAGCAACAAAUAAACAAAUCUGUUUGGUAGUCGAUGAGUGAACUGGUCAGUGCUGGACUGGCUGUUGAUGGUGUUUGGCUAUCUGAUUUUCGGACUCGGUCUUGUCCCGACAACGUCUGUGUGACUUUCAAAGCCAUUUCAACAUUUUCCAGAUAAUGCUGAACUCUGGUGAUCCGACACUGGGUUUAUCAGUGUGUGAUCGAGCCUAGCCUAGUGCGUAACCCGUGACGUCAUGUCUGUGCCUUCUGUUCAGGAAAAUAUAUCGAUGUAUUUAU